CCGGUAAUGAAAUUUCUAGAAUGUUGCUUCCCACCCGUUUAUAACAAACGAACAAAGUAGUCGUGUGUCAUUUCGAGCGUAUUCGAUAUUAGAAAUCUGAGUUUUCAUUGUAAAUUGUAAUAAAUAGUAACAAAGUAAAAUAAACAGAAUAAUGUCCGUUAUUGGAAUCGAUUUUGGAAAUGAGAAUUGUUACAUUGCAGUUGCUCGUGCGGGAGGAAUUGAAACAAUAGCCAAUGAAUACAGUCAGCGUGUUACACCGUCAUAUGUGGCCUAUGGAGAAAACAAUCGUGAUCUGGGUGUCUCGGCCAAAAAUAAACAGGUGACUAAUAUAAAAAACACAGUGUUUGGUUUCAAAAGACUUAUUGGUAGAAAGCUGAGAGACCCUGCUGUUCAAAGAGAGAUGACAUACCUGCCCUAUGACCUCUGUGAACUGUCAAAUGGUGACAUUGGUGUGAAGGUGACAUAUCUUCAGGAACAGACCAUCUUUACUGUACCACAAGUCACUGCUAUGCUAUUUACAAAACUCAAGGAAAUUGCCGAAACAGCUUUGAAAAUAAAAGUGAAUGACUGCGUGAUAAGUGUUCCUGUUUAUUUCACCGAUAGAGAAAGAAGGGCCAUGUUAGAUGCUGCUCAGAUAGCUGGGUUGAACGUCUUACGUUUAAUGAAUGAACCUACAGCAGUUGCUUUAAAUUAUGGCUUCUACCAAACUGACUUAGAUGAUGAGAAGGCGAAGAAAGUGGUGUUUGUGGACAUGGGUCAUUCUGCUAUACAAGUGUCAGCCUGUGCUUUCACUAAAGGUAAACUUAAGCUGCUAGCUGCUUCGUGUGAUGUAAAUGUAGGUGGUAGAGACUUUGAUAAUAUAUUAGUUCGUCAAUUUGCCGAAGAAUUCCACACAAAGUACAAGAUUAACGUCAUGUCCAGCAGGAAAGCUAUCGUGAGGCUACUUACUGAGAGCGAGAAGCUCAAGAAACAGAUGAGUGCUAAUCCACAUGAGCUACCUCUGAACAUUGAAUGUUUAAUGGAAGACAAAGAUGUUACUGGGAAAAUGAAAAGGAGCACGUUUGAAGAGCUAGCUGGAGAUUUGCUAUCAAGAAUAGAGGCUACUAUGAGAGACGUUCUACACGAAGCAAAACUAAAACCCAGUGACUUGGACGAUGUUGGUAUUGUCGGUGGUUCAACACGGAUUCCUGCAAUAAAGCAGUUAAUACAGAAGGUGUUUGGCCGGGAGCCCAGCACUACACUAAACCAGGAUGAGGCCGUAGCUCGUGGCUGUGUCUUGCAGUGUGCCAUGUUGUCACCCACUUUCAAAGUACGAGAUUUCUCUAUCACCGACAUCCAGCCGUAUCCAAUAAAGGUUACUUGGGAUACGAGUGUUAAAGAGGAUGGAGAAAUGGAAGUGUUUCCAAAGUUUCACCAAGUUCCUUUCUCCAAGAUGCUCACAUUUUUUAGAACUGAACCAUUUACUUUGCAAGCUCUGUACAUGAAUGAUGUUGACAUUCCAUAUCCUGACAAAUACAUUGGUAAGUUCACAGUGCAGAAGGUUGCUCCUUCUAGUGAUGGUGAGAGUGCAAAGGUCAAGGUGAAAGUGAGAAUAAACAUCCAUGGUGUUUUCUCUGUGUGCUCGGCCAGUAUGACAGAAAAACAAACGGUAGAAGAAAAUGGACAGAAUGAAGCUGAAAACAAAGGUGAUCAAGAAAUUAACUCUCUUGAGAACAAACUAGAAGUAAACAUCGAUAAGGGGGAGGAACAAACAUCAAAUGGUGUCGAUGGAAAACCAGUUGUGAAUCAUACUGACCAACCUAGUGCUGAUGAGAAUGCCAUACAAACAGAGCAAGGUACUGGUUCACCCCAGCAGCCCAGUGAACAAAACAAGGAGUCUGAAAAGAAGGAACAACUAGUUCAAAAAAAGCAGAAGAAAGUCGUGAAGUCAAUAGAUCUUCCUAUUGAAGCUGGAGUUUUUCAGUUGUCUAAGAAAGAACUGGACGAUUUCAUUGAAGCAGAGGCAAAAAUGAUUCAACAAGAUAAAAUGGAGAAGGAAAAAAUGGAUGCAAAGAAUGGUGUUGAGGAAUAUGUGUAUGAAAUUAGAAGCCAGCUGUAUGAAAAGCUGGAAAAAUUUGCAUCUGAACAGGAGAGGAGUUUGUUAAUCAGUAUGUUGGAAGAUACAGAAAAUUGGCUCUAUGAUGAAGGUGAAAACCAAUCCAAGAAGGUGUACAUAGAAAAACUAGCUGAAUUAAAGAAACAUUGUGAGCCAGUGGUGGUCAGACAUCGUGAGUUUGAAGAGCGGCCUGUAUUGAUUGACCAAUUCUACCGAGCAUUACAAUUAACAAGGAAAGCACUGGACCAGUAUGCAACAAAUGAUGAACAGUAUGCUCAUAUUGAAGCACAAGAAAUGGAGAAAGUUAAAAAUGCCUUGGAAGAGAAACAGCAGUGGUUAGACCACCAGUUGGGUGUCAUGUCUCGAACACCACAACAUCAGAAUCCUCCAGUUUUGGUGUCACAGAUUUACCAGGAACUGAAGUCUUUUGAGAAUACAGUUACAUCGGUUCUUUCGAAACCAAAGCCUAAGGUAGAACCACCAGCAGAAGAAAAACCCGCUAGUGGACAAGAAGAACAAGCCAGCACAGAGAAAGGAGUGGACCAACAAGCUACUCAAGAAACAAUGGAUGUUAAUUAAUAACAACUAUAUAUACUAGUUAAGUUAAUAUACGUUCCACUUCUAUCAUGCUUUGUUUUUUGUUCCAUUUCUAGAAGCACACACUAUUAGCUUGUGUUGUAUUUACAGUUAAACUAUACGUUUGUGACCAGUCUGUUUAGGUCCUUUUGGAGACUGAAAAUGUGCAUACAAUACCAGAAGUUUGUGAGGGAGAGCUACAUGUAGGAACAGAGCAGUAACUAAAGUCAGUGUUUCAUAGAAAUAAACAUUUAACAUAAUUCGCUGGAGAAAUUUUUUUUUUUUUUGUAUCAUGAAGAAAGUUAAUAAACUGAGUUUCAAAAGACUGUCAUUUUAUUCCUUUUGCAGUUUUGGUUUUGUUAAUAGCUUAUUUAUAGACGUCACUUUAAUGUAAUAAUCGUGUACAUUAGUCACAGAAUUGUAUCAUUAAUAUAAAGCCAGUUAAAUCUGUUGGUUUAUAAUACCUCUAAAUGAACGUCACACUAGUUGGUAAGAUAGAAAAUUAUGAUCUUGCUUGAAAAUGGUUUGACAAGAAAUGCGAGGACUUUUAUUUCAGUUGCACGGACGUAUAAAAAAUCUAUUUUCUACUGACUUGGUUUCUAUACUUUUCUCCUGUUGUUUUUUCUAGAGUGUUUAACACUAUUGUAUAAUUAUUAUAUGUUAUUGCCUAUCUCAACUUUUGAAGCUCGAUGUAAUAACUGAUUUGGAAAAGUUAUAAAUUAUAGUGGAAGCAUUAAGAAUAGCAUUAAAGAAAAUGUCUGUUUCUUCAACAUUAUCUGUUGCGUAACAGAACGUUAAUAAAGAAAUCACUAUUUGAGCAA